AUGUUUGCCUGGGCUGCGGCUCGGCUUGGCCGCUUCACGGGACGGGCUUUGCGGCUGGUCGCAAAGGAGACCAAGGCCCGGCUCCAGGACUUGACGGCACAGGACCUCAGUGUUCUGGUCUGGUCCUUUGCUCGAAGUGGUACCGAGGACACCCAGGACACGGAACGAAGCCGUGCGGCAGCAGGUGCAGGAAUGUUGAACACCUUGACGUCAUCGGUGAUGCGCCUCCUGCGCGAGCUUACACCGCAAGACCUUUCGACAAUCAUAUGGGGAUAUGCAACUGCGGGUGUGGAAGCUACAUCCAUGAUCGAGGCUGUGGCGAACGAGUCCGUCAAGAAGGUCGCCAAGUUCGCUCCGCAGGAUAUGGCUAACGUGGCCUGGGGGUUGGCCAAGCUCGGACUCCUUCACGAGCAGCUGCUGGAGGUCCUGUCGCGAGACUUUGUGGCGAGGGCCCACGAGUGCCAGGCUCAGCAUCUUUCCAUCGCCGCCUGGUCCUUCGCCAAGCUGGGCGUGGCCUCGGAGGAGCUCUUUGAGGCCAUCGCCCGGUCAUUGGCAAACCGCGCUGCGGAGCUGGACCCGCAGGGCAUCGGAAACAGCCUUUGGGCCUUUGGGGUGCUUUGCUUCUGGCACCCGCCAUGCGUCAAGGCAGUGGGCAGACGAGCCGUCACUGCCGUCAACGAGCUGACUGUGCAGGAGAUGGCAAAUGUGGCAUUUGGCUUGCACACGUUACUGCGCUGGAGAAGGCCUGGAAAAUGUUGCCUGCUGGGAGUCCGCCGGGACUUGUUUCAGUCCCUGAUCGGGCAGUGUGUUUUAGGAUUCUAG